AUGCAUGGCAGGUGGGCAAGUCAUGCCAAACGCGCAGCCUUCCACAUGGAGCGUCAGGCAACAAGUCGCAGCAUCUCCACAGACUUCCGCUUCGGUACGCCGUUUGUUCCUUUGACCUCAGAAUCAGGCUUUUCAGGUGCUGUAGGAAAUACCCCUUUGAUUAGAUUGCCACGGAUUUCCGCUGACGUUGGCAGGAACAUCUACGCGAAGGCCGAAUGGAUGAACCCUGGUGGAUCAGUCAAGGACCGCGCUGCGCUCUUCAUGGUGGAACAGGCCGAACGCGCCGGAUUACUGCAGCCUGGUGGAACAGUGACCGAAGGUACUGCAGGGAAUACCGGGAUUGGUCUGGCCCAUGUUUGCAGGGCCAAAGGCUACAAGUGUGUGAUCUACAUGCCUAACACGCAGUCGCCAGCCAAGAUGAACACUUUGCGAUUGCUCGGUGCAGAGGUUCAUCCGGUUCCUGUGGUUCCGUUUGACGAUCCUCUGAACUUCAACCACCAGGCUAGACGCCAUGCUGAGGGACUCCCCAAUGCGGUUUGGACAAACCAGUUCGAUAAUCUGGCCAAUCGUCAGGCCCACAUAGAAGCUACGGGACCAGAGAUAUGGGCCCAGCUGAACGGAGAGGUUGAUGCGUUCACUUGUUCUACGGGAACAGGUGGGACAUUUGCGGGUAUCACCAGGUAUCUGAAGGAUAUCUCUGGAGGGAAGGUGCGGGCUGUGGUUGCAGACCCUCCUGGAUCGUGUGUGUACUCUUAUGUCAAGUCUGGUGGAAAGAGUCUUGCCAGAGAGGGUGGUUCUUUCACGGAGGGAAUUGGUCAGGGACGAAUUACGGCUAAUGUAGCUGCUGAUAUCGAUCUCGUUGAUGACGCGGUUCGAAUUCCGGAUGAGGAGUCUAUCGCUAUGGUUUACAGGCUUCUUGAUGAAGAAGGAAUCUAUGUUGGAGGAACUGGAGCUCUGAACGUUGUGGCUGCCGUGAAAGUGGCCCAGACCUUACCUGAGAAUUCCAAUGUGGUGACUAUCCUGGCAGAUUCGGCUCAUAAAUAUGCUGAUCGGAUCUUCAACAAAGAGUGGCUUGAGACCAAAGGGUUGUAUUCUGCGCUGCCGGAUCAUCUGAAGAAGUAUGCCUUAUAA